CUCAGCUACUCUGCACCUCUACAUGACAUAAAUCUGCCAACUAUGUAAGCAACUUGAGAUCUGCGGCAACUUCGAUAGCUGACAAUGUUGCUCUAGGGCGAGCGAAUUGGAGAACUUGUGGAAUUCGGCAACUUUGUUUGUAGCAAAAUUUCUCAGACAGGAUCUCCCAGAUCAUAUGCUCCAGGUGCGCCUAUCCAACCCUCUCUCUCACAUCUAAGUUCUCAUCUGGUGUACAGCAACAUUGGACCAAGUUGCACAAAAACACAAUCUUCAACCACCGAAUACCACUACCCACAUCAAAUUCCGACAUUGCGAAAGAGAUGCGGAUCGCAACAGCCCUCGGAAACCUUGCGAGGCUGGUUAAUAAGCAUAUAUUUCAGCCCGUAUAUCUAUUGGACGGCAGCAAUAGCAGCGAUAGAAUCCGAACGGUUCUAAACCGCCAAGCGGUUAUCGAAACCAAGAAAGAGACUUUUGCUCGAGGUAUACUUAUGUCAAUGUUUCCUGAGGAGCAAGAGGGGGAAGCAAGACACAGGAUAUACUCAGUUGUGGAUGACUUGACUAACAAAGUCGGUAUCUGCGAUAUCAUAGCCCCGGAUAUUGUUGGGAUGUUCGAAAAGGAGUUUCCAGUACACCCAUGAGCUUGGCCACCAGUGGAAGAUAUUCGAAUUUCAGGUUGCAGAUCGCAAGGAAGGAGAGCAGA